AUGGCGACGCCUGGUAAUUACUCGCUCCUAUCGAGCAGAGGAACGCUCCUGUUGUCGCCGAGCGAAGCACAGAGGAUUAAUGAAAUUAUAUCCAGCUUCAAUUUUAGGCUGGAUCCAUGUCUAGAAAUCGUAAAUCCAUCUUCUAAACCAAAGACUAAAGUCUCGAGCCAUGGUACAAGUUCUCACCAUUUUUCAGAUGACUAUACACCACGGUUGAACAGGAAAAGGUCUUCAGAUUCGUAUGUUAGGACUUAUAGUAAUACGCAGUCCUCGUUUGAUUUUUAUGAAAAACGAUCAUCAAGAGUUAGAAAGCAGCCAGUUACGUUUUUGGAUGAAUUCUACGAUGAAAAUGGCAACACAAAUGUUCUUGAUGAUGAUUAUGUCGUACCAAGGGCGGAAAAACGUGUAAAAAGUUCUCAUACUAAAAAGGAAGUGAAGCCACCACCAGUCAUUCUCUACAAGGCUGUUCCGGCUUCGACAAAACAUCUACCAAAGUUACCAAAGGAUACAUGGGAAUACGCCUGCUAUCGCAUUUUACAGGUCAUAAAGUACAUGGACACCGACAAGUGGUUUUGGUUUCCUGUUGAUCCAAUAGUUGAUGGAGUGCCAAAUUAUCUGUCAAUAAUAAAGCAUCCCAUGGAUUUUCACACAGUGACCGAACGUCUACAUACAAAAUAUUACUCUACACCUUUUGGUUGGCAACUCGAUAUGCGCCAAAUAUUCUACAAUGCAUUUCUCUUCUACCCUCCGGAUAAUGUAAUUUGGCAGGCAGCUCACGCCUUAGCAGCCGCCUACGAAAACAAACUCAAGACAUGUAAAUAUCUUAAUCCAGAUGAGUAUCUCCAGAGCUUAUCAAUGGAUCAAUCGGUGGUAAAACAGGAACUUGAGUCAAUUUAUGCGCCACGAUCCAAAAAGUACUAUGAUAAGAAUGUGGUUGAACCCAUACAAACCGGCAGCAGACGUGCAGGUGCAAAGAAAACGUUUACUGCGGAAGUAUAUAGCGAUGAAUAUGAUGAUAGUUACCACAGCAGUUCCGUGGAAUUCUCAGACGAUGAUUUUGAGUCACAUGUACCCGCCAGAGGAAGACCACGCAUACAUAAAAAGACACCAUUUUCUCCUCAAAGAGAUGUUAUAAAGAGAAGCAGAGUUAUUUCACGUUUACCAAAGUUGUCUGGAGACUCGUCAAAUCCAGAAUAUGGAAAGGUAUUGCAUCCUCCACCCUUGCAGAGGCUUAUCAACGAUAAGCCACUCACUGCGGCACAGCAAAAAACUCUGGAAAUCAAUCUUGCUAGACUUGUGCCAGAACAGAGGAAAGCUGCUCUGGAACUUGUUCAGGAUGAUCUUGGUAUACUGGCAGAAAACCAUAAGGAUGACAAGGACUUUGUAUUUGACACAGAUUUACUCUCUGUUGAUAAACAGAAACAAUUCUUUAUAUAUGUGAAUCAAAUGGCCAAGCGCAAUAUGGAUCACAUGAUCAAAGCAUCAGAAAAGAUGAGAGAAACACGCAUAGAGCCUUCACUACCCGCUCCCUCUGAAAUGUUUGACGUCUCGUCAAGUUCCUCAUCUUCACUCUCGGAUGUUGCAUCAAAUCUCUUGAGCUCAGAUGAGUUUUUCAGUUCAUCAGACUCCGAAAAUGACAUGAUACCUGAAAAGACUAAACCUAGUGACCACGUACAAGAUGUCCCAGAAAAAUUACCAGAAUACAAACCAGUAGACGAAUUCGACUCUCAAACACCACAUAUUAGCGAGGGGAUUAUGGGUGACCAUGCAGACUUUCUGGGCAAAAUGGAAACUCCUGUAGAUACAGAGUCAAACGUGAAUGUUGGCAAAAAGAGCGCAUGGAUGGAAUGGAAGGGACAAGUCAUUCACCACGGAAUGGUUGCUCAACAGACUGGAGUACCUCCACGCAACGUAGAUGAACAAAUUGCCGAAAGCUUUGAUGCAAGGAUCUAA